AUGGGUUUGAUAUCAUAUUACUGUUUGCUAGUGGUCGUUUUUAUAGGUUUGAUUCUAUAUGAUCUUAUAUUUUAUACGACAUUUCAAAAUGAUAUCUGUCCUCCAAUAGAGUAUACAGAGGCAAAUGCAGAUGAGACAACAACAAAUGAUACGGCGGCAGAUGAAAAUGCAGCAGGGAAUCGAAUAUUAAAUAUGGAUGAAUUUAUAAAUUCUUAAAUUGCAAAAUAAGAUGAGACAGAUGAAACAACAACAGAUGAAACGACAACAGAUGAAACAGCAGCAGCAGCGGAUGAAGGUACAUCUUCAUCUGCAUUUGCAAAUAAAUUAGUAUAUUUGUUAUAGUAAUAGAUAACAUUACCAUUUAUUAUAAUUUUGCUUUAUUGUGGAGUGAUUGGUUUAAUCAUUUUAGCAAUGCUAGGAAUUUAUUGUUUUGGUAAAAUGCCUAGUGAAAGAUUUGGAAAUUUAAGUAUAUAUCAAUUGAUAUAAAUUAGAUAUGUGUUGGGCUUGUCUAGGAAUUUAUGUAAGAAAUUUUGCUGUCUUAACUAGAUUAUUAUCUUGGCUUGGUAUUUUAUUAAUGGCUGUUCAUGCUAUUAUAACUAUAACGGAUGAAGAAUGUUAAGCAGCAGUUCAUGAAUACAUAUAAAAUAGAAUUAUAUAUCCUACGGUAAUUAAAUCCAUUCAAUAUUGAUAGGAAGGAGCUAUGUAUUAAGAAUCAAUUAUCUUAAUUUUUGUAAACCUGUGUUUUUGGGGUGCUACUCAUUGUAUAUUACCAUCCCUUAAAUUAUUUAUUGAUGCUGAAUCAUUCUUAUAUGAACCAUUUGACAGAAAUAAAGGAUUAGCUUAUUGGUUCUGUUGUAUUAUGCUUGGACCGUGA